CGGAAGUGCUCUUCCCGUGCGGUCCGCCCGGCCGGGCCCUCAGCUAGCUCCACCCCCAGGUGGUUUGAACUCUGAACCUAUUGUCCUGAUGAAGUUUCGAUUUCUUCAAGUUGAUGACAUUUGGAACUUCAAGAAUUGGAGGUUUAUGCAAUUUGAGACCGUCAGAACGGUGAGGUGCUCAGCCUUAACAGCCAGAGAAUAAAAUGGCUUCCAGAGGAAAGAUGGAGACAAGCAAAUUAAAGCAGAAUUUAGAAGAGCAGUUGGAUAGACUAAUGCAGCAAUUACAAGAUCUGGAAGAAUGCAGAGAAGAACUUGAUACAGAUGAAUAUGAAGAAACCAAAAAGGAAACUCUGGAGCAACUAAGUGAAUUCAAUGAUUCACUGAAGAAGAUCAUGUCUGGAAAUAUGACUCUGGUAGAUGAACUGAGUGGAAUGCAGCUGGCUAUUCAGGCAGCUAUCAGCCAGGCCUUUAAAACUCCAGAGGUCAUCAGAUUGUUUGCAAAGAAACAACCAGGUCAGCUUCGGACAAGAUUAGCAGAGAUGGAUAGAGAUCUGAUGGUAGGAAAGCUGGAGAGAGACCUGUACACUCAACAGAAAGUAGAGAUACUAACAGCUCUCAGAAAACUUGGAGAGAAGCUGACUACAGAUGAUGAGGCCUUCUUAUCAGCAAAUGCAGGGGCCAUACUCAGCCAGUUUGAGAAAGUCUCCACUGACCUUGGCUCUGGAGACAAAGUUCUUGCCCUAGCAAGUUUUGAGGUUGAAAAAGCAAAAAAAUGACAGUGUGGAAGCUUCUGGUAUUGAUCACACUCUUACUGUAAAUAGUGUUUUUUCUUCUGAGGAUUUUGAGUCAUUGCAAAAAAAGAGAGUCUCAAAAUGCAUUAAUAUCCCAAGAACUGGUGACAUGGAAACAUACUAUGGCUUCUGUUUAUACUCUUCAUCAUUCUACUUUGUAUAGGGCUUCCUGCUUGAGUGACCCUGGACUUGUUGGGACAUUGGGACCCACUGAACUUUAUUCAUUAUGAUUUGUCUGUUUAAGACAGAACAGAAAAUGAACUUCUUAUUUUUUUUUAAGGGUCCUUAUUUUUAAGUGCUUAUAGUGAGUGGGAAGAUAUGAGCUAAUGAUUCUUUUCUGUUCAUAACUUAUCUUUAGAAUGAACAUUGCAACAUCACUAGACUUCAUAUAUAUUCAUAGAAUUCAGAGUCUAAGUGAUCUUAGAAAUCCAUUUUCAUUUUAGAAACUAGGAAUUUGAAACAGUAAGAGCCAAGUGAUUUGUUGAAAGUCACAUUAGAGACUGGGGAUAAGACUUAAGUGUCCUGACUCCCAGUUUAUCACCCAUGAGUUUUAUUUCUUUAUUCUGUACUGUUUUUUAAUUAAAAAAUAAUUGACUUGGGUUGAUGCAAGUCAGUGUCUAUGAAAACUCUAUGUCCCAACCCAAAGUUAGCUGGGCAUUAAGGAUCCAGAUCCCCAGCCUUGCAGUUCCCCAGCCUGAGAGCUCAGCUCAGCAUGAAUGGGGCCCAUUGUAUCCCUGAAUUUCAAACUCAGAACAAUGGGAGCCCUGUUGAGAGGCUCCUGAAGUAACUUAACCUCCCGUGCUGUGUCACUAGGGAAGCAAUAGGAAAUGGCAGCUAUAAACCCUCCCUGUGUAUAACCUCUUGCCAAACUCAGAGGGUGGCAACAGUAAGCCACUAUCAACUCUUCAGUUUUUGGAGAGACACAAAAUAAGUUAGGAGGAAAAGCAAGCUUCUCUCCUGGGUGUCUGAGUCUAGGCAGUAGCAAAUAUAUAGCUGUGUCCCUGUGCAUGUACGUUAGCUUUGGCCAUUUUAUAUGUUUUCAUGUUUCUCAGUAGUGUUUCUUUGCACUUUAUACAAAUUAAAAGCAUUUUUAACACUUCUUGUAUACUGUAAACUCUACUAGGUGCUUUGCCAACUGAACAUAUUAAAGGACCUCAGCUACAUUGAU